AUGUGGAUGAGUGUGCCCUGGGUCUUGAUGACUGCCACCCAGAUGCUAUUUGUCAAAACACCCCGAAGCUGUACAAGUGCAUGUGCAAAGUGGGUUACACUGGUGAAGGGAAGAAAUGUGAAGACAUUGAUGAAUGUGAUAAUGACUUCAAUGGAGGCUGUGUCCACGAGUGUUUCAACAUUCUAGGAAAUUACCGCUGUAUGUGCUACGAUGGCUUUAUGUUGGCUCAUGAUGGCCACAACUGCCUGGAUACAGAUGAAUGCAUGUUCAACAAUGGUGGUUGCCAACAUGUUUGCAUCAACACUGUGGGGAGCUAUGAAUGUCGCUGCAAAGAAGGGUUCUUUUUGAGUGAUAACCAGCAUACCUGCAUCCACCGCUCAGAAGAAGGCAUGAGCUGCAUGAAUAAAGAUCAUGGCUGUGCCCACAUCUGCAGAGAAACACCCAAAGGAGGAGUUGCCUGUGAAUGCCGACCAGGAUUUGAACUGUCCAGGAAUCAGAGGAGCUGCAUUUUAACAUGUAAUCAUGGAAAUGGGGGCUGUCAGCACACAUGUGAUGAUGCUGAUAAUGGACCUAUUUGUGGAUGUCACCCCAAGUACAUCAUGCAUGUGGAUGGGAAAACCUGCCUGGAGAGGGAAGAGGCUUCUGUUGAAAUUUCAGAGGGAAACACCACAGCAGCGGCUGAUGUGGACAAGAGGGUGAAGCGACGGUUGCUUAUGGAAACGUGUGCGGUGAAUAAUGGCGGCUGUGAUCGUACAUGUAAAGAUACAUCAACUGGAGUUCACUGCAGCUGUCCCGUUGGGUUCACACUCCAGUUUGAUGGAAAGACAUGUAAAGAUAUUGAUGAAUGCCAGUCCAAUAAUGGAGGCUGUGUUCAUUUCUGUAAGAACACUGUUGGCAGUUUUGAUUGCAGCUGCAGAAAAGGAUUUAAAUUAUUAACAGAUGAGAAAUCCUGUCAAGACAUUGAUGAAUGCUCUUUUGAACGCACAUGUGACCACACGUGCAUCAAUCAUCCAGGCACCUUCGAGUGUACUUGCAACAAAGGAUAUGCUCUCUAUGGCUUCAUACACUGUGGAGAUAUUAAUGAAUGUAGCAUCAACAAUGGUGGUUGCCAGCAGCUGUGUGUGAACGUGCUGGGAGACUAUGAAUGCCUGUGUCACUCUAACUACAAGUUACACUGGAAUAAAAAGGAUUGUGUUGUCAAAAGGUCCCUUGCUGAUAAUAUGUCACCCAAGGUAUGGCUGCACUGCAUUAAGAGUGGUGGGAGCAAUAGAUGCUUCUUGAGCUGCUCUCUGGAUGUCCAGGUAUUUUCUGGAACACAAGAUGCCUACACCCUCACCUGUGGCAGCUCAUCUCAGCUUAAGAAAAAGCAGCAAAAUACAAAUGCUUCCAGCUGGCUGGAUGCCUCGGCUAUCAAGAUAAGCAUAGCCUUUAAAUUAAAUGAAGGAAAAUGUAGUUUGAGAAAGUCUGGGAUGUUUCAAGAAGGUCUAGAACAGAUGAUACCAGAGACAUGUAAUUCAGUAAUGGAGAGCUUCCACUAUGUAAACCUAACGUGCAGCUCUGGCAAGAAUGUUCAUGGAACCCUCAGUAGACUGUCAGCGACUAGAGACAUUUUUAUCACUGUGGACUUUGAGCUUGAAACAAACCAAAAGGAGGUGACAGACACGUGUGAUGUGCGCUGUGCUCGGAAGAAGACUGAAAAAAGGUUCCGUAAAACCAUCCGAACCUUGCGAAAGACAGUCAGCAGGGACCAGUUCCGCAUUCGCAUCUCUGGCACUGACCACGAAGUGGCCAGGAAGUCUCUCAAGCCCUCAGAGCCACAGCAGGCCUGUGGUGUAGGACAGAUAUAUCUGGGUAACAGAUGCGAUCAGUGCUCCCCAGGUGAAUAUUCUACUGAUGGCUUCAAACCCUGUCUGCCGUGUCCCCUUGGAACAUACCAGCCUGAAGCUGGGAGAGUAUCCUGCUUUCCCUGUGGAGGAGGUCUAACAACAAGACAUAGCAGUGCAUCCUUGUUUCAGGACUGUGAGACCAAAGUUCAGUGUUCACCUGGCCAUUUUUAUAACACCACAACUCAUCGGUGUAUUCGCUGCGCAGUUGGUACAUACCAGCCUGAGUUUGGACAAAAUUACUGUAUUUCAUGCCCUGGAAACACCACUACUGACUUUGAUGGGUCAACAAAUAUAACACAGUGCAAAAACAGGCAGUGUGGAGGUGAGCUGGGAGAUUACACUGGAUACAUUGAAUCACCAAACUACCCUGGGGACUAUCCUGCAAACACUGAGUGCACUUGGAAUAUCAACCCACCGCCAAAGCGCCGUAUUCUGAUUGUGGUUCCAGAAAUAUUCCUACCAAUAGAAGAUGAGUGUGGAGACUACCUGGUGAUGCGAAAAAGCUCUUCUUCCAACUCAGUGACCACAUAUGAAACCUGUCAAACCUACGAACGCCCUAUAGCUUUCACUUCUAGGUCUAAGAAAUUGUGGAUCCAGUUCAAGUCAAAUGAAGGGAACAGUGCCAAAGGAUUCCAAGUUCCUUAUGUAACGUAUGAUGAGGAUUACCAAGAACUAAUAGAAGACAUUGUUCGAGAUGGUAGACUUUAUGCAUCUGAAAAUCAUCAAGAAAUACUUAAGGACAAGAAGCUGAUAAAAGCAUUGUUUGACGUGUUGGCACAUCCACAGAACUACUUCAAGUACACAGCCCAAGAGUCAAGAGAGAUGUUCCCAAGAUCCUUCAUUCGGCUGCUGCGCUCCAAAGUUUCCAGAUUUCUGAGGCCUUACAAAUAGUUGGCACUGUAAUGAAGUGAUAACCAGCCCCGGGCAUGCACCACGGGGCUGUGGGAGGUGGGGCUGCUUUCUAUGUAUUACACACUGGCAGAGACACUCCAGGGAAGCUUGCCAGCUCCGUUCUAGGCACAGUUUAGCUUUCUCAGCUAAUAUAAAUAUUUUGGUGAAUAGAAUUUUGAUUUCUUUCCAGAUAAUACCUUUUGGGGACCAAGGAUACUUCACGCGUUUCUGAAUUAGAGACUGCCCAUGAUUUCUGUAACUGAAUAGCACCAAGCAGAAGUUUGUAGAGCUCUACCUUGUUGCUUCAUCAGUAAGCCUGAAAGCUAAUGAGAAUAGACAGACUAAGUAGUGUGCUUUGGGAUGAACCCUGGGUGGCCAUUAAUGCAUGUUACCUUAACAAAGCUGGGUUCAUGUUUGGUCUCACUGAAAGUGAGAACAGGAUUGAUUUCUCUUAACUUAUGCUAUGCAGGAAAUUUAGAUCUAAGAUUGACAUAGUUUUAAUUCA